AUGCCUCCAGCAUCAUCAUCAUCGGGCAAGAGAGUUAAAGUCCCAAAUGUUCUCUCUAAGAACACUACUAAACAGAAACGUAAAGAAAAGAGUCACUCUUUAAAUCAAAAUCGUAAAGUUGAUAAGACCAAGAUUGGUAAAGGUCCAACACAAUUGCGUUCUCGUGGUACCAUUAAACGUUUGUUGAUGUAUACAUCUAAAGUUAAGAGAAAUGAAGAUGGUGAAAUUAUCAAAGGUUAUGUUACUCCAAAAUCACAACAAAUUGCCAAGGGUGAAAUGGCUAGAAUUGCUCCAGAUCGUAAAUGGUUUAACAAUACUCGUGUGAUUGGUCAACAAGAAAUGUCCAAGUUCAGAACUGCAUUGGAAAAGAAAAUUCACGAUCCAUAUACAAUUCUCUUAAAAAGAUCAAAAGUCCCAGUUUCUCUCCUUCAAGCUAACACUACACCAACUGCUACUUCUUCUUCGAUAUUAGCACCAACAAAACCAACAAUUCCUUCUAGACAAAUUAACUUCCAAGAAACUUUCGGAAACAAGGCUCAACGUAAGAGGCCAAAUUUAUUAUCUAACGAUUUGUUGGAAUUACUUGGUCAAGCUGGUAAGAAACAACAAGAUUAUGAACCAGUUAAGGAUAAGAAACAAUUAUACGUUCCUAAUGAAUAUUAUUAUCUCCAUAAGGAAGGUACUAAUGCUCAAGAUGUUUCUUCAGUUAUGGCUUCAAGUGGAUUUGUUAGAUCCCAUUUAUAUGAUCCAUGUACUCAACGUGGUACUUCUAAACGUAUUUGGGGUGAAUUGUACAAGGUUGUUGACUCUAGUGACGUUUUACUUAUUGUUCUUGAUGCCAGAGAUCCAAUUGGUACUCGUUGUUAUCAUAUUGAACAAUAUCUUAAGAAGGAAAAGCCACACAAACAUGUUGUUUUCAUUUUGAAUAAGUGUGACUUGGUUCCAACUUGGGUGACAGUCAGAUGGGUUAAAAUUCUCUCACAAGAAUAUCCAUGUCUUGCAUUCCACGCCAGUGUUGAAAAUCCAUUCGGUAAGGGUGCAUUGAUUCAAUUACUUAGACAAUAUGCUCAAGUCCAUCGUGAUAAGCCAAGUAUCAGUGUUGGUCUUUUGGGUUAUCCAAACGUUGGUAAAUCAAGUGUUAUUAAUACUUUGAGAAAGAAGAAGGUCUGUAAAGCUGCUCCAAUUCCUGGUGAAACUAAGGUUUGGCAAUAUGUUGCUUUGAUGAGACGUAUUUUCUUGAUCGAUUGUCCUGGUGUUGUUCACACUACUGAUGGUGUUGCUGAUAACGUAUUGAAGGGAGUUGUUCGUGUUGAAACUGUUACUCCUGAUGAAUUGGUAGAUGUUAUUCGUGUCAUUCUCCAUCGUAUGAAACCAGAAUAUAUUCAACGUACAUAUCAAAUUUUGACAUGGAAGGAUCACCAUGAUUUCCUCACUCAACUUGCUUAUAGAAGUGGUAGAUUGGGUAAGGGAGGUAUUCCAGAUGUUCAAUCUGUUGCUAAAAAGAUUGUUCACGAUUGGCAACGUGGUAGACUUCCAUGGUUUAUCAUUCCACCUUUCGAAGAUGAUAUUGAAAAGACUGAAAUGAGAAAUGAAGAUGAUGACGACGAACCAGUCGAUUGGGAUGAAGUCUAUGCUCAAUUCAACGAUGAUGAAAUCAUGGAUGAUGACGAAGAAGCCGAAGAAGGUGAAGAUGAUGACGAAGAAAUUGAUGGUGAAGAUAUUAUCAUUGGUGACGAAGAUGAAGAUGAUGAAGAAGCCGAAGAAGAUGGUGAAGAAAUGGUUGAAGAACCAGUCAUUGUCAAGCCAGUAGUUGAUGCUAAACCAGUUAAAGUUAAAUCACUCACAAAGGCUGACCUUAUGUCUCGUCUGAAAAAGUCAUCUAAACCAGAAACAAAGAUUGAAACCCAAAAGGCUUCCGAAAAUGUCUAUGUUCCAAAGAUUCUCAGAAAUAAACUGAAGAAAUAAUUUAUUUUCC